GAGUAACAAAAGGCUGAUAGAUUAAUCCCUCGGGAGAUGGCCAAAUCGAAGAACCACACCAACCACAACCAAUCCCACAAGAACCACCGCAAUGGGAUCAAGCGGGCGGUGCCGCUCUUCCUGCACAACUCCAAGCGCGGUGGGUGGCUGCCCGCGCUCGUGAACAGCCGCCGCGUGCGGAAGAACAACCAGAAGGAGGCCAUCAAACGUCGCCGCGAGCGGAUUGCGCAAUUCCAGGCAAAGCAGAACUAAACGGAAUUCUUUUUUUUAUUUUGCCGGGAUUCUUGCAUGGAAUCAACCAUGGAAACCAUCCAUGGUCUAUCAAAUCAGCGUGUUGGACUCGUUUUAUCAUUUUUGGCUAACCAAAAAAAAAAAA